AUGGCUCGACUCGUCCACAAUAUCCAAAAGAAACAGCACAGAGAGCGAAGCCAAAUCGCCGAGCGACGGCACCUCGGCUUGCUGGAAAAGAAGAAGGAUUACAAGCUUCGAGCUGAAAAUUACCAUGCCAAGGAAGCAAAGCUCAAGCUGCUGCGAAAGAAGGCCAAGGAGAGAAACCCCGAUGAGUUCUACUUCGGAAUGCAUAGCACCAAGACCGAUGAACAUGGUAUUGGUUACAAGGAGAACCCUUUGGAUGUAGCUGAGCGAGAGCUCAGUGCCGAUGCCAAGAAGCUGCUGCAGACUCAAGAUGCUACCUAUGUGCGAACCAUGCGACUGAAGGAGCUGCGAGUUAUUGAGAGAAUGCAAGCUGAACUUAUGCCCAAGGCUACAGGCAAGCAUACCAUUUUUGUCAACUCAGAGAAGGAGCAGGAGGAGUUUGAUCCCGCUGAAUACUUCAAGACUGACAAGACUCUGCUGAACAAGAGAGAGAACCGUCUGAAGCUGGACCAGCUGGAACAGAAGCAGACUCAUGCACAGGAACUUGACGAGGGCAUCAACAAAGAACGAGUUUCUCGACUGAAGAAGUUGGCUGCUCACAUCGAGCGUGAGCGAGAGCUGGCGAUCGUGGAGCAUCGUCUGGAUCUGGAUCGAGAACUUGCUAAGGGAGGCGAGAAGGAGAAGGUGGUCAAGGAUGGAAAUGUCAGCUACAAGUGGAAGGCUGAGCGAAAGAAGUGA